AUGGCUCAAGGAACAUCCCAAUCAACAGACGAGGAUUCAUUGAAAAUCCUUUUCGAUAAUACGAUGAAGUUAUUUGAUAAAAUAGAAAAUGGAAAUGAAGCAACAAACAGUGAGCCGGUGCAAAUGAACAUAAAACUAGCUAUAUCAAAUUUUGAAAAGGCAACAAAUUUAGUAUCAAUCUCUGGUAUGUUUAGUAAAAAUGAAUCUCUGGAAGAGCUCCCGACUGAGACGCUUCAGUAUCUACUACUACCGGCACUGCUUGGUACUUUAAGUUUAAAGUUGUGCAAUCAACCUCGGAAAGAUAUUGUCAAUGUUGCCGAGAUAUAUUUUAGAGAUUUCUUGCAAAGAUGUAAAGACUAUGGCGUCACAGAUGUGGAAGUUCCGCAGGCUCCAGUCCAACAGAACAAUAAUAGGCCGCAGACUGAACAGGCCAAGAUUGCUAGCAUGGUCCUAACAAGAGAAGAGAAGAUCAAACGGUACAAAGAGAAGAAAGAACUCAAAUCUAAACUGACAACCCUGUCGAAGGCCAUGUCUUCACCGAAUGCUGACGACCAGACCAAGAGGGAAUACUUCACAACCUUGUUACUGAACUAUGUGAACCAAGGCCUCGACGAACUUAACAGCAUCGAGCAAGAGAAACCUUUGUUAGAGUAUAUGAGUACUCAUGGUAGAGAGUCGAAGCCAUCAAAGAAGGAACGCGCGCCACCGCUGAAGCCUGUGAUUAUAACAAAGGAUGCUGUCCAGAAGGCAGUGUUUGGUCUUGGAUACCCAUCACUACCAACCAUGACCAUAGAAGAAUUCUAUGACAAGAGAGUCCGGGAUGGAAUUUUCCCGGAUGCGGCUAACAUUCCUCACUCCACCAUACAGUCAUCGAACACAGAUCAGGACGAGGCAGAGGAAAUUAGAAAGGAACAACUCGAGGAGACAGAUGACUCGGAGGAAUUGGAACGGAAACGGAACUUUGAUGAGUACAAGGAUGACCACCGACGAGGCUGGGGGAACAGAUACAAUAGGAGUUAA